AUGAAGAGUGAUAUAACUCAACAAACACAACAUAUUCUUAAUCUUAUCGCUAAACGCAAUUUAAAUGAUGAUGAAAAGAAACAAUUAAUCGAUGAAACCGUGGAAAAUUUUAAUUUAUACAUUAAUCCAGGUUUCUUACAAUAUCGUAAAUCAUUUUCACCUGACUAUGUAGCUGUUGAGUGGGCUGAUAGUGGUUCAACAUUUACUUGUGUUAAAGGUAUUGAAUAUAUUGAUUGUUUAGGCGGAUAUGGAAUUUACAAUGUUGGUCAUCGUCAUCCGAAAGUUUUAAAAGCAGUUAAUGAUCAAUUAAAUCGGCAAGCACUUCA